AAGUUUGUCAAAAAUUUGUCCCGAAACGAAGCAGCAGAAAAGCAAAACAUUCUGCGAUUUCCUAUUCGCAUUUUGUGUCUUUUCUGUUGAAAUUGACUCCCGUAUACUGAUUAGUGUAUUAAAAAUAGGGGGCAACACAAACAAUUGUAGAUAUAAGACUGCCAACUGUUAUCACAAGCCUUAUUUCCCAUUGAAAUCCGGCUCUAAUCCGGAACAACAGCAAUAGACGACGAUGAGCUUCUCAAGCGAUGAAGUUAAUUUCCUUGUUUACCGCUACCUCCAAGAAUCAGGAUUCUCUCAUUCGGCAUAUACGUUCGGCAUCGAAUCGCACAUUUCACAGAGCAAUAUCAAUGGAGCACUCGUGCCGCCUGCAGCGCUUCUCAGUAUUUUGCAGAAAGGGCUCCAAUAUACCGAAGCUGAAAUAAGCAUCGGGGAAGAUGGAACGGAGCAACGUUUGGUUGAGAGCCUCAGUUUGAUAGACGCCGUUAUGCCAGAAGUAGUUGCCAUUAGGCAGAAUAUGCAAAAUCAGCAGAAACAAACCAUAAAAACAGAACCAACCGAAACUAAUGGAACUACUAACAACACUACAACUGAAGAAACGUCAACAACUCAAACGACCACCUCCACAACAACGACAACGACUUCAGCGUCGACGCCUGCACCGGCUGAUAACAUGGAAGUGGAUCAAAGUAUUGAGAUUCCAGCCUCGAAGGCUACCGUUCUGCGAGGCCAUGAGAGCGAAGUGUUCAUCUGUGCUUGGAAUCCAAGCACCGAUUUGUUGGCCAGCGGUUCAGGAGAUAGCACUGCCCGUAUAUGGGACAUGUCGGACAAUUCGACAAAUCCCAAUCAACUGGUUUUGCGACAUUGCAUCCAGAAGGGAGGAACGGAGGUUCCUAGCAAUAAAGAUGUUACAUCUUUGGACUGGAAUUGCGACGGUACUCUGCUGGCAACGGGCUCGUACGAUGGAUAUGCCCGCAUUUGGCGCACUGACGGAUUGCUCGCAAGUACACUUGGACAACACAAGGGUCCCAUUUUUGCAUUGAAGUGGAACAAACGUGGAAACUACAUCCUUUCUGCGGGCGUUGAUAAGACGACUAUCAUCUGGGAUGCCGCCACUGGGCAGUGUACACAGCAAUUUAGUUUCCACUCGGCCCCUGCUCUGGACGUGGAUUGGCAGUCCAAUCAAUCGUUCGCAAGUUGCAGCACAGAUCAGUGCAUUCACGUGUGCAAAUUAGGUGUCGAUAAGCCUAUCAAGUCAUUCCAGGGGCAUACGAAUGAGGUAAAUGCAAUCAAAUGGGACCCUCAGGGACAACUUUUAGCGUCGUGUUCGGAUGAUAUGACUUUGAAAAUUUGGUCUAUGAAGCAGGACACCUGUGUUCAUGAUUUACAGGCUCAUUCGAAAGAAAUCUACACAAUCAAAUGGUCCCCCACUGGAACCGGCACGAACAAUCCCAACAUGAAUCUCAUCCUGGCGAGUGCUUCCUUCGAUUCCACGGUUCGCCUAUGGGACGUCGAACGAGGUGCAUGCAUCCACACGUUGACCAAGCACACCGAACCGGUGUACUCGGUGGCGUUCAGUCCGGAUGGUAAAUUCCUCGCUUCUGGCAGUUUCGACAAGUGCGUUCAUAUUUGGAGCACGCAAAGUGGCCAGCUGGUGCACAGCUACAAAGGAACUGGGGGCAUCUUCGAGGUGUGUUGGAAUUCCCGGGGCAGCAAGGUUGGUGCCAGUGCAAGUGACGGUAGCGUGUUUGUGUUGGAUUUGAGAAAAUUAUGAGCGGGAACGUCUACCGCUGCAGACAAGAAAGCCAACUCGUCUAAUUCUUGAAAUACCACAAACGAAUGUUGUUGGGCAGCGGAGAUAAUCGUUCGAUCUUGGUCUUGGAAAGCUCAUUAAAUAAGAAGUUCACUUCGGUGGAGCCGUCAGUACAUGUUGGGUAUAGUAUGUGAGUAGCUUGUAGUGACGCAGUGUUUGAAGGGAAAUAUUUCUCUUUUCCACCAGAAAUUACACGAAAGUAUCGUGACGAAGCUCAUCAAAUAUAGGGCUUUAUGUGCGUAGUACAACUAUAUACUACCUGUCGACGUUUAAUCGAAGCAUAAACUAGACUUACUCCCCAUAAUACAUAACGUUUUCGGUAUCGUGUUAGGAACUAAGAUCCAAAUCAUUCAAAAUUGGGUACGACUAAAUGAAAAGUAUUGAAUGAUCCAGUCAUAGAAGUCUGUAUCAUAUCAAAGGUAGUUUUAGCUGUUUUAAAAGUGUAUUUGGAAAAUGUAACUUAGCUCGUCG